GUUGCUCUUUUGCUUGAGCUAUUUCAAAUAUUUAUAAUUAAGAAGCCUGUUUGGUGUCAAUUCUUUUUUGGUGCCGUUGUCCAUGCUAAAAAUUUUGUAUCUUGAAAAACAGGCAGAUGAAACAAGCAAAAACCACUUUUUGUGGUUUUUCACCCGCUUUAGCAAUGUGCUUCUUUUGGUUUUCAAGAGAUCAAGUAACAAUAAUCAUUAUGUUUCCAUAAUGCAAAUUUUUUAUAAUUGGACACCAAAAACAGUAUGGAUUCCUAAAGCCUGUAAAAUGUGCCAUUAUAUAGUAUAGGGAAGUGUUUACUGUUUACCAUAAAUGCAUUAUGGAGCUGUGAAGCGCUAGUGCUGUGGAUGGUAUUUGUACUUGUAUGAUAUAAGUUAUGAGAAUAUGCAUAAUAUGGAUAAAACUUCAUUUUUCGGAUGACGCCUGGAUCCUAUCCUUUUCUGCAAACAUUCUGUGCCUCCACUUUUUCUUUUUGGUGGGUUGGGGGGAGGGGGCGUCAGGGGUGGGCAGACUUGUUGGAAGUCAAGUAAUCCUCUUUCUCCUUAUUGCACUUUGACAGAUUGUAUGCAUCCCCUUUGUUUGGAGUUGGUAUUUGAAAUAUCUCAAUUUAAAUUUGGAGUUCUCACAUGUUUGGUGACUUAGGAAGGGGCAUGGCAACAGGAGAAGAUGUUGAUUUAUCAAGUUUGAAGUCUCAGCUAAAUGAAACUCAUGAAAUGUGGAAGUUGGAGAUGGAACGACGCCAGUCACAAGUGGAUGCAUUACAAGCAAAGCUUAUUGAGGUAAAGGCUUGCAUAAAGGGGUCUGAGGAAAAUGCAAAGAAGGAGUUGGAGGUUCUUUGGCGAAGAGUGAAAACCAGUGCCACGUUAUGGACCUACUUAAAAUCAAAAGCAAGAAUAAUGGCUGUUCCUGAUUUAGCUCGUACAUCAUGUGGCAUCAAAGAAUUAGAAGGAGUGGGACUUGUUGACAAGAAUGGUACACCCCUUUCUAGUUGGUCUAGGUCUGUUGAUCUUUCUCCUUUUGACAGUCCAGAUGAUGAAUCAUGGAUUAGACUUGGUGAGCAGCAUGGUAGCUAUGAUGAACAUGAUGAAGCUUAUAUUGGUGAAUUACACAAUUCGGUACAGAUGGUAUCAGAUGUGAUGGAAUCUCUUAUUAAAAGAGUCAUAUUGGCAGAAUCUGAAACUGCAAUUGAGAAAGAUAAGGUAACAUUAGGUCAGGAAGAAAUUAGGAGGAAGGUAAUCCAAAUUGAGACCAUGUCUUCAAAACUAGAGGAGAUGGAGAGGUUUGCUCUGGGAACAAAUAGUAUUCUGAAUGAGAUGCGUCAGAGGGUUGAGGAUUUGGUUGAAGAAACCUCUAGGCAGAGGCAAAGAGCUGCAGAAAAUGAAGAAGAGCUUUGCCGUGUUAAAAGGGACUUUGAGUCAUUGAAAUCCUAUGUUAGCAGUCUCAUUAGCGUAAGAGAAACACUUCUAUCAUCAGAGAAGCAAUUUCAAACUAUUGAGAGACUUUUUGAACGGCUAGUUGCAAAGACAACUCAAUUGGAAGGUGAAAAGAUGCAGAAAGAGGCUGAAGUUCAGAAACUUAUGGAAGAGAAUGUGAGGUUGACUGCUCUUCUCGACAAGAAAGAGGCUCAACUUCUGGCCAUGAAUGAACAGUGCAAGGUAUUGGCUCUAAGUGCUUCAAAUUUAUGAUUAGUUGGGGCGAUCUUAUUGUACCUUCUGGUGGCUUGUGGAUGGUUGUUUCAUUCACGCUGAAUUUGUAUAAUCCACCACAUAAGAGUCGGGAAUUGAGUGAUGAAGAAUUGUGCAACACCUCGGAUCAUUUUGCAAAUUGUAACAUUGUGAAGAGCACAGUGAACAUGUUUAUUAGUUUAUUCUUGUGCUGUUGGAAAACUCAAGCUAGAAAGCGUUAAUCAAAACAGUUGUUCUGUGUGAA